GAACGACGUGUACGCUCUCGAAUGCCCCCGCGCGGCUUUCCUGGGUCUGCGCCGGGCGCUCUCUGUGGCGGCGCCUCCCGCGCCGCGCCCGGCGACCGCGCUCCGCGCCGGACUGUCAGUUCGUGCCCAUCACCACGUGUCCCCGAUCUGCCGUUCUCUGUUCCUCCGAUCUCGCCGCCCCCGCGGGGCCCGCCAGUGCCGCCAUGGCGAGGCGCCUCGCCGGCUUCCCCGCCGCGCCCGCCGGCGAGGCGGGGCUGUGCCCCCAGGAGCUCCGCCGCUUCCGCGCCGCCGUGCGCCACGAGACGGAGGACCUCGGGAGCCUGGCUGGGGUGUCCCACGUCGUGCUGCACCGCGGCCGCUGCGUCUUCGCCUGCAGCGGGGGCUGGGCCGACCGGGCCGCGGGCGCGCGCUUCGGGCUGCGCACGCUCUGCCGGCUGCACGGGGCGACGAAACCCCUCUCUCUGGCUCUUCUGUCGUCGCCGCCGCCUUCCUGACGCUCGUGGACGCCAGCAAGUGCCGGCUGCGCGACCCCAUCUUUGGUACCUCGAGUUUCCCGACUGGCCCGCGCCGCGCGGGCGCACCGCCACGGCCGGGGCGGCGACGCUGCGGGACCUGCUGACGAUGACGGCCGGCCUGGGGUACGAGGACUGCCCCUCGUACAGGCCGCUGAUGGCAAAGGUUCGCGACCGUCGGAUCUCAGACCUUCGGGCCCUCUGCGACGCCAUCGGCCGCCUGCCGCUGCGGAGCAAGCCCGGCAGCAGGUACGACUACAGCUUCUGCCACGACCUCCUGGGCCGGCUCUGUGAGGUCAUCAGCGGGAAGCGGCUGGACAUAUUCAUGCGGCAUUUGCUGAAGCCCCUCGGGAUGAAGGACACCCAUUUCGCGCUGCCCCCACGAAAGAAGAGGCCCAGCCUCAACAGGAGGAGUAUGAGAGGGAUGAGUGUGGAGGGAGGGAGGCGCAGGGCGGCCGUGCGGGCCCGGCCGUACGCCCUGAAGCUCUACCGGCACAAGCACAGCGCGCCCGGCAUCCUGAGCUGCGGGGGGGGCAUCCUGAGUUACCUGGACGCGGGCAUGUGGGGGACUGCGUGCGACUACGCGCGGUUCUGCCAGAUGAUCCUCGACGGCGGGGUCGCACCUGGAGGCGGCCGCGUGCUGCGCCCCGCCACCGCUCGCGCCCUCUGGUCGGACGCGCUGGCCCCGCUGGGGCGGGCGCGGGACGGGCGCCUCCCGGGCUGGCACGACGCGGACGGGCCCAGGCCUGGCGGCUGGUGGGACUACCGCGGUCUCUCGCUGCUGCACGCCUACCUCGACCACGACCUGCCUCCCCGCGGAGGCCGCCCGCCGCGGAGGAGCCAGAGCAUGUGGUUCAGCGGGGGCGGCGGCGCCUUCUGGAAGGUCGAGGAACAGAACCCUGACAUCCUCGCGUCGUGGCAAGAGCACGGCAAGGGUUCUUGCAGUCGUCGGCCUCUCCAGGGGCCCUGCCGGGCCCUGGGGCCGUCAAAAAACAGCUGGGGACGAAAAAGCCGGUCCUUGGGAAGGGGUUCACACCUCCAGGAGCCACGCUGAGAUAAAAAUCACGACGUUGGAUGUCUCAGAAGCUGGCUCUGAUGACCCAGCCUGAUACUCGAGGGCGUCGAAGGGGGGGUGAGGACUGGGAAUGUGUGUGGAACCGCCGUGGCUAUCAAAUCUCCCAGAUUUUCCUCCAGUGCGUAACAUGCCCCCCCCAUCGUCCGCGCACGUGCCUCGGUCCGCGAUGCGCGAGCCGCCCGCUUCGUGGCCCCCCACCUCUGCGCACCCGAAGCCUGGGCUGUCGGACCCCCGCCGGGAUCCCUCGGGACGGCGCCGGACCCCGUCCGCGCGCCAGCGGGAGGGGCGUCCGGCGCCGGCACGAGACGUCCGCGCGGGUCUCCGAGAGUUCGUGCCCGUGCCUGGUUUGAUGGCGCGCACGAGGG